GUUUGACCAGUUCAGGCACAUUCUGCUCAUGCUAGAUGAACUGCAGGAAGAACACACCUGUGCUGGGCAUCAAUAAGUAAAGACGCUAACACUUAAGUAGAACCCCUUGUCUAAUAGCUAAAGAAAAACACGACUGGUUCACCAAAGGAAAGAAUUCUUUUUCAUUCCGGUUAUUUCCAGAUGUCUAGAUGAAAUCCAGCUGCAGACUUUGAGCAGGCUCACUGUUUACGUUUCAGUUUGGACAAACCAGACGUCUAUUGCAGUAAUGGAGCACCAACCAGGGAGUCCAGUGGCUGGGAAGGCAGAGGAGCAAUCAGGAAGUCUACUCCUCACCUACUUCCAGGGAGAUAUUAAUAGCAUGGUAGAUGCACAUUUCUCACGUGCCUUAGAAAAUGUCACCAAACCAAAGGAAGACUUCACUAAAAACAAGAAAUUCCGCAAAUUGGUGAAAUCUGAGCAGCCAAGUACAAGCAACUGGAACAUGCAUUCGCAUGCCCACUUUGAAACCACAGAUCCAUCAGGACGAAUUGAGCUUGGCAGACAUGAAGAGUUGCAGACAAACCCCCGUCUGCCACUUAACACUCCUGUGGAGAGCUCCGGUGUUUGGCUCGGUGGUCCACGGCAGGGCACGAGUCUGGUGUUGCCUCCCAUGGUGUAUCCCUCUGCUGCGUCUGCUGAGGGUUUGGUGGUGGCAGAUCAUCAGUACAAUUCCCUAUUAAACCUGCUGCACAGUGACCGGCCAGACCUGGGCUCUGUCAUGGUAGCCCCCUCCAAACAGGAGCUCAUGCCAGGCUGGGCACGGCAUCCAGGAUUUGGAGACCAGAUGACUCCAGAUCACGGCCUUGACUCUGGUGUGCCAAUGACAGAGAAGAAGGAUUUAUAUUGGUAUUAGGGAAGCACUGUUGCAGUUUUCAGACAUCUUUACAUAUGAGACAAAACCUGAUUCCUGAAGAACAAGGAAAUCUUAUCUCUGUUUUACUGGUUUUAAGAGUUCAGAGCCAUGAAAUGCUUUACCCAGAAGACACUGCGCCUGACUACAUGCAGACAAACCUGUUCAAGAACAAGCUCAUCAUGUAGUCCAGCACAGUGAGUUUUAAAAAAACUUCCUUUAAGCUAUAUGGGGGGUUGGUGGUUCCUCUGCAUGUAGACAGACAAUUUCAAGUGACUUUCAGACAGAUUGAGAAAGCCAGGUCGUACCUAGAUAUUUAUUUCUUUAGCCUUUCAGUUGCUUGUUCUUGGGAAGCAUAAUAUCACAAUAUGGACACAGUUAACGUAAGUCUAUGUGUUAAUAAACAAAUAAACAUGUCUGGAAUGAAAGACACCAAAAUUAAUUUCUAAUAAUAAUGACUAUAUGGGAAAUUGAUAUGUGUUAUAAAAAAACUCAAAAACAACAACAAACAAAGAAACAAAAAACACAUUUUUAUUCACAUUCUGGAUGUAUGCUUAUAGUUGUCCUCUUUUAAUUAGCUGCCUCUUAUAUGUAUAUGUUGUAUUGCAUAUGUAAAUCAUAUGGACAUAGUGAAAAUGAAAGAGAUGAAAGAAAAUAAAACGAGUUUCAUUGUGCACUGGGAAAAACUGAGAUACUCAUCUGACAAGAUUCAUUUCACUUAUGUGAGCUGCCUGAACUUAUUUUUGCUUCUUUGUGAACCUAGGUGACAAUGAACUGUGAAAAGUAUAUAUAUAUAUAUAUAUAUAUAUAUAUAUAUAUAUAUAUAUGAAUUUAGUUGGAGCACAACUGCUGUAUAAUGUGUAAAAUAAUAGUUGGAAUAUAUAUGGUUUAGGGAUAAAUGUGUAUAGAGUAUAAGUAGAUGGCUUCUGAUAAAAUUACAGGUAAUAAAUGUGUACAAUGUUUGCUCAUAUCUUUUUUUGUGAUCCACUGUAAAUAAUGCAAAUAAACACAAUAACAUGUACCAUGAA